AAGAAAGAAAAUAUGGAAGAAGGCGUACCAGAAACAGAGAAGCUCAUGAUGAAUCUACAAGAUGUCGCAGAGAAGAACAAAGAUCAAUUACAAGAAGAAGAAGACGAAGAAGAGAAAGAAGCUAAAGGUGGGAUUUUGAACAAUCUCAUAUCCAACUUUAUUGAUGCAACAACAACAACAACAACAGUAGUAGACGGCAAAUCUGGCGAAAACAUUCAAAAAGUUGAACGUGAAGAUGAAGCUGACAAGGAAAAAGAGAGCUCGAGUUCUGGAAUCUUAGAUAAGAUCAUUUCUCAUCUGCCAGAGGACGCAGUUCCAACGACAGACGAGGCAGCUAUUUUGAUUCACUCUGCCAUUGAUUGACUGAAGCAGACUUCAUUCAACGAGACAACGAUCUCUUUUCCUAUUUAAUUUUGCUGGUUCUGUUUUGUAAGUUUGAUUUUCGUCUUCACGAGGUUAUAUUUUUUGUGAAUUCUAAAUCUUCUCCAAGAUCACUAUCUAGUAGUCCA